AUGUCGCUACAUCCAGAAUAUUUACGCCACUUCCAUAUGUUUGGAAAACGUACCUCACGUAGUGUCGAGCCAAGAAGACCGAAGGACGAUAAUCGUUCUGGACGAGGAUCUUCGUUGGCACUAAGACGCGACUUCUCAUACGGAGCUUUAUCAAAAGUCAACACUCAUUUGAAUAUGGGCCAUCAUUCCAAAGAGAAGGACGGUAAAAAAUCAAAACAUAAAAAGGAAGGUUCAGCAAAAAAGUCAAAGGACCACACAAGCCAGAGUUCAGAAGACGUUUUACACAAAGAUGAAGAAGCGGAAUCAAAUUCAAACAAAAAGAAACCACCUGAAGAUGAAAAAGAUUCGACAGAUAAAGGGGGCUCAAAACUGUCGCUGAAGCAGCCAAACUCAUCUGGAGAUAAAGAAGAUAAAAAACCUGAUUCAGAAGCAGAAAGUACUGAUUCAAUCAAAAGUGAGUCAUCGUCACGGAAGAAAGACAAUUCGAAAGGCUCAACUGGAAGUGACAGUCACCGCAGUGAGCAAUCUCCUCAAAGAACUUCCUCAAAAACAUCUGACAACAAAGAUUCGGAGAAAUCAAGCUUGGAAAGCGAACAAGAUAGCGCUAGGAAAAAAACGAGUUCUAGUGAUAAGCAAAAAAAGAAAGAUGAAAGUUCGGACGAGUCGGAGUCUGAAAAAUCAAGAUCGUCAAGUGACUCGAAGAGUAGCAGUUCCGACAGCGACUCCGGAGGUGGUAAAAAGAAAAAGGACAAGCACAAGAAGAAGAAGAAAUCAAAGCAUUAA